CUUGCAGUCAGAGGUCUGUAGAUAAGGGAGGCAGCUGCAAGCAAAAUUCAUUUCUUAGAGAAAAGGGAUUUUUCAUAGGCAAAAUGGCAGAUCGAAGCCCUUUUGAAACAGACAUGGUAACCCUUACCCGCUUUGUCAUGGAAAAGGGAAGGCAAGCAAAAGGCACUGGGGAACUGACACAACUUAUGAACUCCAUUCUGACUGCUAUAAAGGCCAUCUCCUCUGCUGUGAGGAAGGCAGGUCUUGCACAUAUGUAUGGCAUUUCUGGAAGCGUGAAUGUGACUGGAGAUGAAGUGAAGAAACUGGACGUGUUAUCUAAUGAUCUUGUGAUUAACAUGCUGAAAUCAUCCUAUGGUACUUGCGCCUUGGUUUCUGAGGAGAACAAAGAAGUUAUUAUCAUACCCAAAGAAAUGCAGGGUAAAUACGUUGUCUGUUUUGAUCCCCUUGAUGGUUCUUCUAACAUAGACUGCUUAGCAUCAAUUGGAACAAUAUUUGCCAUAUACAGGAAGACAACAGAUACAGAGCCCUGUGAACAAGAUGCCCUUCAACCAGGACGUAACAUCGUAGCAGCGGGCUAUGCCCUAUAUGGAAGUGCAACCCUUGUAGCCCUCUCUACUGGCGAAGGUGUGGAUUGCUUCAUGUUGGAUCCUGCACUUGGAGAAUUUAUUUUGGUUGACAAAAAUGUGAAAAUCAAGAAGAAAGGCAAGAUUUACAGUCUUAAUGAAGGCUAUGCAAAGUAUUUUGAUCCAGCAAUGACAGAAUACCUGAAAAACAAGAAAUUUCCCCAGGAUGGAAGUGCACCAUACAGUUCAAGAUAUGUAGGGUCGAUGGUUGCUGAUGUUCAUAGAACUCUGGUGUAUGGUGGGAUUUUUAUGUAUCCAGCAAAUGAGAAGAGUCCUAAAGGAAAGCUCCGACUUUUAUACGAGUGCAAUCCAAUGUCUUUCAUAAUAGAGCAGGCUGGGGGAAUGGCAACCACAGGAACCCAACCAGUGCUGGAUGUACAGCCUGAGACCAUCCAUCAGAGGGUGCCCCUCAUUCUUGGCUCUCCAGAUGAUGUAGAGGAGUAUUUGGCCUGUGUUAAGAAACACCAGAAAAGUAGCUAACUGUUGGUUAAAGUGUAUUCAUGUGUAGCUUUGUUUUAUUGGCAUAAUCCCAGUCCAUGAAUAUGAUGUAACUUUCUUCCUUUACCACUGAUAAGAUUUUGCCAUGGGAAUGCCAGUUAUUUGCUUCUCUUGUAAUGCGAGAAAAGUCCUACAGUAAAUAUGAUACAUAUGCUUGCUUUAUAUUAUAUUGCCAAAUAAAUUGCCCAAAUUGUAUGAAAAAUUAUAAUUUAGCCUUAAACCUGGGAACUCUUAAAACUAUUUUCAUUACACCAGGAAUUGCAAAUACCACAAUCAGCCCAAAAGUCAAGGUUUGGUGUAAAAAUCUGUUAUGCUUUUUAAAACAUAUAUAGAUAUAGGAUCCAUAGUUUUCUUGUGUUCUUGUUUUUUUCACUUAAUAAAUCACAACUUUUUUUAGUUUCUGUGUAAUUAGUAUAAUUAGUGCUAAAAACCACUUUUUGUAAAAACAAAGAAAAUAUGAACGUUCAUAAAUAGCCUUGUCACUUUGUACAUGGGGUGGAUUUCAGACAGAGUAUAGAAAAACGCAUGAAAAAAUAAGCUGUUUUUUAUGUUUUUUUUUUUACACAGCAUUAUAAAUAGGCCCCUUAGUGUGACAUUGGCGAUAAGCCAUUGUGCGCCAUAAAUUUAAAACUCCAACCCAUGAGAAGUUGGUUUAUUUUAAAUUUGUGUUUAAUCCAGAAUUUUCAAAAUCAUUUAGAAAAUGUGAUUUCAUUAUGUAAAUACCGUUAUUACACAAAUAUUUGAUUACAUGUGAUAGAAUCAGACCAAACUGCAGGGGGAUGAGUAUGGACUGGGUAUGCCUGGGUAUGACACGUAUCACUGGGUGGUAUUAACCAAACAGAUUAUAGACUACAUAUUUAUAGUUUUUGUCAAAAUUGUCCAUCAAGUUUCCUCCACACAUGAUAUGAUGCUAAACAGUGACUUACUGUACCUUCCAAAAGAUAUUACUCAGUUUAUAGCCAGCUUCAGCUAAGUAACCAAGGUGUGCUCUAUUCUCCUACAUCAGAAAAAAAUUAGUUUGAAUCUAUAUGACACAGAUUACAAUGUUUUGAAAACAUAUGUUUUGGUUGUAUUAAUAAAUUAAAAUGAAAAUAAAAGCUUUAGAAACUU